CGACGUAUUAUUAAUUAAGCAUGAACGCUGAUGCUUUCGGUGAUAUACCCAUGCAUUAGAAUGGUACACUCUAGGGCGCUCUUCUUUCGGUCUUUUCUCUCAGUGAUCUGCCGCAAUGAGCAUGCUCAGACUGCAGAAGCGCUUGGCGUCCAGCGUCUUGCGCUGCGGCAAGAAAAAGGUUUGGCUGGACCCCAAUGAAACCAACGAGAUUGCAAAUGCCAAUUCCCGCCAACAAAUUCGUAAGUUGGUAAAGGAUGGUCUGAUCAUUAAGAAGCCUGUCACUGUUCACUCUCGUGCCCGAUGCCGCAAGAACACCCUGGCACGUCGUAAGGGCCGUCACAUGGGUAUCGGUAAGAGAAAAGGUACAGCCAAUGCCCGAAUGCCAGAGAAGCUUUGCUGGAUGCGUCGCAUGAGAAUUCUACGACGUCUUCUGCGUCGUUACAGGGAGUCCAAGAAGAUUGACAGGCACAUGUACCACAGCCUGUACCUCAGAGCUAAGGGAAAUGUCUUCAAGAACAAGCGCAUCCUCAUGGAGCACAUCCACAAACUGAAGGCCGAUAAGGCUCGCAAGAAGCUUCUGUCUGACCAGGCAGAAGCACGGCGAUCUAAGACAAGGGAGGCUCGUAAGCGUCGUGAAGAACGCCUACAGGCCAAGAAAGAGGAGAUCAUCAAGACCCUGUCAAAAGAGGAGGAGACCAAAAAAUGAGCAUUCAUCUGUCAAACCUUGUUUCAGUAAUAAAGAGCCAUAAAACUCAAA